UCGGGGAGGGCGCUGAGGUGUGGCUGAACCCGGAAGUGGGCAGGCGCGGGAGCGAGGGCGCCCAGAGUGGAGCUCAGCGGCCGGGAGCCAGCGGGGAGCCCUGGGUUCCCGACCAUGAACCCUUCUGGCAUGUCCCUCCGGAAGCUGUUGUCCAAGACAAUCUAGUUUUCUUUUCUAAAUCCCUUAGGACACUUAUGAAGUCUCUUGUUUGGAAAUUGUCGUACUGCAAUGAAGAAAAGGAGAAAGGUUACUUCACAUCUUGACGAGAAGAUCCAUCUAGGCUAUCCCAAAGGUUCUUUGGAAGGCAAUGUUGCAGUGGGGUGCGACCAAGUGAACUAUACUCAUUCCACAGAAAGACCAGCUCCUGAAGCUCUUCGCUGCUAUCAGGAACUUCCUCCCUCUCCAGAUCAGAGAAAACUUUUGAGUUCUUUGCAGUAUAAUAAGAAUUUGCUAAAGUAUUUAAAUGAUGAUAGGCAGAAGCAACCGUCCUUCUGUGACUUACUCAUCAUAGUAGAAGGAAAAGAAUUUAGUGCACAUAAAGUAGUUGUUGCUGUUGGCAGUAGUUAUUUUCAUGCCUGUUUGAGCAAAAAUCCAAGCACUGAUGUUGUCACCCUGGAUCACGUAACACACUCAGUGUUUCAGCAUUUGCUUGAAUUUCUUUACACAUCAGAAUUUUUUGUGUACAAAUAUGAAAUACCUCUUGUUUUAGAGGCUGCAAAAUUUCUGGACAUUAUAGAUGCAGUUAAGCUGCUAAAUAAUGAAAACGUUGCCACUUUUCAGUCUGAGCUAACUGGAAAGUCCUCACCAGAAGAAACAGUAAACGAAUUAACUGGAAGACUUUCAAGUAAUCAUCAGUGUAAAUUCUGUAGUAGGCAUUUUUGUUAUAAAAAGUCUUUAGAGAAUCAUUUGGCUAAAACCCACAGGUCCCUUUUAUUAGGGAAAAAACAUGGGUUAAAAAUGCUGGAGAGAAGUUUUUCCACAAGAAGAUCAAAAAGAAAUCGGAAGUGCCCUCUUAAAUUUGAUGACACCAGUGAUGAUGAACAAGAAAGUGGUGAUGGUUCAGACAAUCUGAAUCAAGAAAAUUUUGAUAAGGAAAAGUCAGAUAGAAAUGAUUCUGAGGAUCCUGGAAGUGAAUAUAAUGCUGAAGAAGAUGAGCUAGAGGAGGAAAUGUCAGAUGAGUACUCUGACAUUGAGGAACAAAGUGAGAAAGAUCAUAAUGAUGCAGAAGAGGAAACUGAGGCUGGUGAUUCCAUAGGAAAUAUUCAUGAGGGGUUAACGCCUGUAGUCAUUCAGAACAGUAACAAAAAAAUAUUGCAGUGUCCUAAAUGUGAUAAAACAUUUGACCGAAUAGGGAAAUAUGAAAGCCACACACGUGUUCACACAGGUGAGAAGCCCUUUGAGUGUGAUAUCUGUCACCAGCGCUAUUCAACAAAGUCUAACCUAACUGUUCACAGAAAGAAGCACAGUAAUGAGACAGAAUUUCAUAAGAAGGAGCACAAGUGCCCUUAUUGUAACAAACUUCAUGCGAGCAAGAAGACUUUAGCCAAGCAUGUUAAGAGAUUUCAUCCUGAAAAUGCACAGGAAUUUAUUUCUAUUAAGAAGACUAAGAGUGAAAGUUGGAAAUGUGAUAUUUGUAAGAAAUCUUUUACUCGAAGACCACACUUAGAGGAACAUAUGAUUCUGCAUUCUCAGGAUAAACCCUUCAAGUGUACCUAUUGUGAAGAACAUUUCAAGUCACGAUUUGCACGGUUAAAGCAUCAAGAAAAGUUCCAUCUGGGUCCUUUUCCAUGUGAUAUAUGUGGUCGUCAGUUUAAUGACACUGGAAAUUUGAAACGCCAUAUAGAAUGUACUCAUGGUGGAAAGAGGAAAUGGACUUGCUUUAUCUGUGGAAAAUCAGUACGAGAAAGAACUACUUUGAAAGAACAUUUGAGAAUCCAUAGUGGAGAGAAGCCUCAUCUUUGUAGCAUUUGUGGGCAGAGUUUUCGUCAUGGAAGCUCAUACAGACUUCACUUACGAGUACAUCAUGAUGAUAAAAGAUAUGAAUGUGAUGAAUGCGGGAAAACAUUCAUUCGGCAUGACCACCUUACAAAGCACAAAAAAAUACAUUCAGGUGAGAAGGCUCAUCAGUGUGAAGAAUGUGGAAAGUGCUUCGGUCGCAGGGACCAUCUCACUGUUCAUUACAAAAGUGUUCACCUUGGGGAGAAAGUGUGGCAAAAAUAUAAAGCAACCUUUCAUCAAUGUGAUGUUUGUAAGAAAAUUUUUAAAGGCAAAUCAAGUCUGGAAAUGCAUUUUCGGACGCAUUCAGGUGAAAAACCGUACAAGUGUCAAAUUUGCAAUCAGUCUUUUAGAAUUAAGAAAACAUUAACAAAACACCUGGUUAUUCAUUCCGAUGCUCGGCCCUUCAACUGUCAGCACUGUAAUGCAACAUUUAAGCGGAAAGACAAGCUGAAAUACCACACUGACCAUGUUCAUGGCAUAAAGUCUCUGGACGACCCUCUCAGUACCUCUGAGGAAAAACUUGUGUCCAUGCCAGUAGAGUACCCAUCUGAUGACAAGAUCUUUCAAACAGAAACAAAACAGUAUAUGGACCAGCCCAAAGUCUAUGAGUCAGAAGCCAAGGCUAUGCUACAGAACGUGUCUGCUGAAGUAUGUGUUCCAGUAACGCUGGUUCCAGUUCAGAUGCCUGACACGCAGAGCGACCUGGUGCGUCACACCACCACGCUCCCCCCGUCUUCUCACGAGCUCCUGUCGCCACAACCACAGUCAGCUGACUAUCCCCGAGCAGCGGAUCUAGCAUUUCUGGAAAAGUACACUCUGACUCCUCAGCCUGCAAAUAUAGUUCAUCCGGUCCGACCUGAACAAAUGCUAGGCCCUAGAGAACAGUCCUACCUUGGGGCAUUGCUGGGUCUGGAUAGCACUGCCGCUGUGCAGAGUCUUUCUAACAACGAGCCCCAUUCCUGAGGCAAUGUAAACAUUCCACAGACUUUUUCGGUGGUCGUGUGCUCAUGGUAGCUUAGAGUCUGUAGGCUCUAUUAAAUUGGUAGGGCUGCUAUUUUCUCAUUUUCCCUAGUUUCUCAAAUCCUUAGAACUGUUUCAAAUCAAGAAAAAAUGUCUCUGUUUACUGAACAUGUGACUAUUUGGACAUAUUUUGAGGUAUAAUAUUUGAAGCGAACAUUUUUGUGGUUUUUAAGGAUUAGUACUAAUUUUUUAAUGGUUUCUCAAACUUUUCAAAAUUAUUAGCUGUUGACAUUAUAAGGCUUUUUUUUUUUUUUAAUCAUCAGUGGAAAUUUUAUUCUUUAGUCUUGUUUCUCUUUUCUUCUUUCCCUAUCUUCCAAAUAAAUUUAAGGACCAUGUAGCCUUUAAUAAGGAAUAUGACUAUACUGAUAAUUGCAACUCUUCCUUAUCCUAACUGAAGAUUCAUUAUUAUUUCUUCCAGAUUUUUUAAAAAAGGAAUUAGGAAUUUGAAUUUACAAGAAAAUCUUGGAUAUGUUUUUUUCCAUCUAACCAUAAUUUCAGGUUAUCAUCAUCUUUGAUUUUGACAAAUGUAAAGCCAGAAGCAUAACUAAUGUAAGAUUAGCCUCUUAAAUGAAGUAUAGAAUUGAAAUAAUUAUCCAGAUGAUAGGCUUUUGUCUAUGCUUUGUUAUGAAUAAGAAAGGCAUAUACAGAUCUAGGCAUUACAUUUACAGUUAAAAAUGUGUCAAGCAAAAUAUGAGUUUUGACUAUAUACUAUCAAGGUAAGUUCACCUUUUGUUUUUUGCCAUUUAUUUCAGAAACAUUAACAAUAUACAGUAUAUAUAUUCAUCUCACUAAGGGAGGGGCAGUUACAACUAUUUAAAUUUAAUUAACCAGCUACUUUUGGUCUCAUUUACCUUGGCUAACUAAAACUCUGGAAAUAGAACUUAGGUAUUUCAUAUAUAAUUGUUAGAAAAGGUGCCAAAUAAAUUACAAAAUUCUUGUCUAACUAAGCUUAAUGCUUUUUACUUUAAAGGGAACUGCUACUUGUAUACAGAUUUACAUGUAAUCUAAAUAUUUAUUUUUGCUUUUUGCAUAAGCUUACUGUCUGUAAUUAUCCUUGAUUUUAUUUUUGUAUGAAACAAAAAUUGAGGACUUGGUGAAAGAAAAAAGUAGUUACAGCAGAGCCUCCCUAAUAAAAAAUUAAUUGAGGAAAAAGUCAAAAUUAUAAAAUAUCUUUAAAGUCAUGCACUUUCCUUAUUUCAAGGCAACUUAAACUUAAACUAGGAUAUGUUCCCUAGUAGAGGUGCUUGAAGGGUUAGACUAGGCAGGUUGGUUUAGGGUUAGCAUGUCAUCUGUAUAUAAAUUACUAGAAAAUAGCAGUUUUAAGAGUUUUCUGUUUCAGUUUUAUUUACACUCCUAAUUGCUUUUAAGCACUUUUUUUGUGUAAACUGUAAAUUCUGGCCUAGCCCUUGUGAAGAAAAUUACAAACAAAAUAAAUUUUAGUGAGUAAAAUUUAACCACUUAAAAAUGGGGAAAUUUGUUUGCUGAAGCACUUAAGAAAUGAAGGUACGUUACAAGAAUAUUCACUAUACUAGUAGAAAAAAAUGUUGAGAAUUGAGGCAGUUAACCAAAGUAGCUUAUAUAAAUAAUAAAACCAACCUGAGUUUUUGCCUCAGUUAUCAAGGUUUGGUUGUAAUUAUCCUAGAACCAGUAGAUACAAUAAAUCUAUUAAUUCUAUUUUUUAAGGCAUUCUUACUUUUGUGUGGAAAGGUAUUUGGGUACUUACAUGAUUGAACUUGACUAUAUGAGGUACUAUUAGUCUGUUAGUCUUUCAAAUUGACUUGAAAAAAUACAUAUCUUUAUGACUUCUAUCAUAAAGACCAACAAGACUUUUAAAUGAAAACUUAGCAUAACGAAAAGAAGUCAUACCUAAACAUGUACCCUGCCUUACGUGUAAGCCAAUGUAGAGAAGCUUGCACUUAGAGAAAGGCAGGUGGCAUGUAUGUGUGUGCGUUGGUGUGUGUUUGGUAGCAGAAUAAUGGGUAUUGCAUUUUCACAUUGGAAAGAAUACUUUGCUUUUUGAAGGUAUUUACUUUAGAGUUCUUUUAAAUAAUAAUUUCCUAAUGCUUUAAAUAUAUGGUUUGAUUGUAGGAAUUUGUUUACAGUAUAGAACUUUUCUGGAAUGCAUCUCUUAUAUGAAAAGAAAUAAUAUUUUAUUUAGUUAUUGUAGAUACUUAAACUUGAAUGGUGAUUUACUGUUUUAUAAAAUGCUUUCACAGUUAUCUCAUUUAUACUUCAUAACAGCUCUGAAACAGAAAGGACAUGCUGUAUUCCCAUUUUAGAGAGAAAGAGUCUGAGGUUAAGAUAAAGGACUCAGUAGAUUAAGCCCACAUCAUUACUAAGUGGCAGAGCUACUAACAGGGAAAGAGAGCUAGCAUUAAUGAAUGCUUGCUAUGUGCCAAGCACUACAUUUUCUCAUGUAAUCUUAAACAGUCUGGGGGUAGAUAGUGUAAUUCUUUGAGAAAUAGUCUCAGUGGGUGAACAAACAUUUUCUGCUGCCUCUAAUUUCCUAAUUAGAAUAUAAGCAAUUUUGUGAAAAGCUCAUGGAUUUGGGCAAACUGAAUGUAUAUAAGUUUUUGAAGUUGGCACAAAAAAUAGGAAAUGAGGCCUAUUCUUUUCAGUUAACCUUUUUUAAUUUUUGAUUUGGAAUAUUUUGCACAAAUAUUCCAUUAACUCUAAAUUCCAUUAAUUCUGUAACUCUAGUUAAGUUUUUGAAUCUCUCAACUAGGUUUGACCUCAUACAGAAUUUUUUUUAUUUUAUGAGCAUAAUUUAUUGUCUUAAAUUAAUUUUUAGCUGAUAGCAGUUAGCACUUAAUAUGCAUAUUGAAUAAUUUAUCAAGGGUAGAAAUUUGUUAACUGAAUCAGUUUUUACUUAACUGCACCAAAGAUUUCUAGUAGGUAUUAAAAUAGUUUAAAAGAGUUUGCAUUCUUUGUUGUUUGAAUAACUAUUUGUCCAAAGAAGCACAGUUGAAGUCCUAGGAUUAUGGAUUUUUAAAAAAAAAUCAGUAGUUUGAAUACUAAGAGUAUUUGUGUUUAUAUGUAUAAAAAUAAGAACAGAAGGAAAUACUCUGGGAGUAGUCAUACUGACAAACCAGUUAGAAGUAAGAAUAUUCAGUUUUCCUCAGUUUCAUUAAUUGAAUGUUAUCUUUUAAGUGGACACUAUUAAAUGCAAAAUAACAAGCUUAUUUUUUACACUACACUAUCAAAAUAAUUUUUUGCCUUAGAAUUUUUUUUAAGACAAGUUGAAGUUAUUUUUGUAAGAAACCCCACCUAUUUUUUGCAGCCUAAAAUGCCAUUUAAGUUAGGAUUUGUUCUUCAUGCCAGCAAGAUGUAACCAACAACUGUAGAGGUCGUAAUCUUUGCUUACUUUUAAGUAAUUUAGUCAUUGACUGCUGGGAGAGAAGAGAAGUAGCAAAAAUAGGUUCUUAAACUGGUGCUUUAUUAAGUGACUUCCUUUUAAGUGAUGUCAUGAAAUAGGUACACACUGAUAAUUCUCUGUCAACCUUGAAAGUGUCAAAACUUCUCUGCAGAAUAACUAUAAACAGAUAAGGACUAUUACAUAAUUAUCAUUGUUGCUUUUUACUCUAUAAUUGCAAACAAAUUAAAACACAAACUGAUGUAAGUCCGAGUCUUCUUCCUACCAGGUCAUUCUAAUAUAUCGUUGAAAAGUCAGAUUUGGAGCAUUAGCUCUUCACAGUGUCCUUCAGACUGUCCUGUUCUGUAUUGAAUGCUUUGUGCCUUUUCAGUGUGGUGUUCUUGCCUAGAGUCGAUUCUGCUGGUAAUAAAUGCCUUUGAUUUGUCGCUGUGGGUCUUGUGUUUGUGUCGCCUGCUGGUCAGGCAGCACUUCUUAGGUUGCUUUCUGUUCACACAGGGAAAUCGGCACUGAGUCCUAGUGGGAACAUUUGUCUUUGUCUUUUUAAACCUCUGUUGUAUCCUUGAUGGUUACUGUGCAGCUGCUCCCAGGCCUGUGUCUGGAUGGAUGCUUAGACACAGUCUAGAUGUGUCCAGACAAAUAAAAUAAAAUGAGUAGUGUGUCACCUCUCUGCUGCCUCCUCUCACCAACCCCCCUUUUUAAAAGUAAUCAGUUAUAACCACACAGCUCCUCACUGAAUGGCUUCUUAUUUCAGUUUGCCUAAAAGUGAACAAGAAGUGAUGGUUUGACAUGAGUUUCCCAUAGGAGCAGCACCGUUCCAGCGAACAUGCAACUUGAAUUGAUGAACUCAAGAAAAAUGAGGACUUUUAAAGUUGUAUUUGGAUUAUUCUAAAAUUCAGUGCCAAAUUGAAAAUGACUAAAAAUGUAUUCUUUAAUAAGGAACAGAGCAUUUCUAAACUUAAAAUAGUAAUAGGGUAAAUGUUACUUGCUAUUAGAGUGACUAAUGGGAAAUGUGACACAAUUUUCUAAAAAUUUCUAGGAAGUAUAGAAAAUUCUUUCUUAAAUCCUCUCCUUUCGCACAUUCCUCUCUUGGAAAACUCUAUAGUGGUGUUUUUUUUGGGGGGGGGCGGUGAGAGGGGAUUAUCCCCUUAUUUCCUCUAAAAUUAUUUCUACUUUAAGAUAUUUUUAUCCUAAAAUAUUGGCAUGCUUUCUGAUAUGCCUCUUUGGAAGUAGCAUUAAGAUAGAAGUAAUAGUAUUAGAUUGUGUGGAAGAUGAAAAAUUUUCAGUAGAGUGCCUAUGUUUUGUUUACUUUUAAUGUUUCAACUUGCUGUGAUUUGAUCUGAAGUCUGUGACUAUUGAAAAACCCCCAAACAAUUGAAAUUUAGCCUCUGUAGCCAGUUAUUAAUGAGAAAGUAAGGAUUAUAUUCAGAGAAUAGAGAGUAUAUGAAGGUGGACACACCUUUUUUUUUAAUUGUUAGGUAAAGAGUACUUUACUGCCGCAUUACUGUGGGAGAUCCUAAAACAUUUCUUAAAUGAAGAGCAUGUACACUUCUUAUUAUUUCACCUCUUUGCUUCGUAUUCCUACUUGCAUUAAAGUUGGACAAUGUACUGUGGUGUAAUUAAAAAAUUUUUACUCCUUUCAGCAGACUUUUCUUAUCCCUAUAGGUUAAACUGUAUCACAGUUGAUGAGUGUGGCUGCCAAAAAAUGAGUACAGAGGUGGGCAUUUGCUGCUCCAUGUUAUGUAAUAAAUGUUCUGAUUAAGGGGAUUUAUGAUGUAUAUUAAAAUGGAAAUGCUUUUGAACUUAGUUUUCAGUCUCAAAUCCUAAGUUUUGUUUCUAAUCAUUAAGGACACUUAAAAGCAAUUACAAAGAAAAAUCUAAAAUAUCAAAGUUAAUUAUUUUGUCAAUUGUGUGAAGUAUCCUGUGAUUUUUAUAGAUAUUUUGGCUGUCUUGUGUUUCUUAAGUACAAAUGUCUAGAAAAAUUCAGUUCUCUGUAAAGACUAGGAAGUGUAUUGUAUAUCGAACUAGUUGUUUGUGUUAUUUUGAUAUUUAAAAUAAAUAAGAAGUUCUUUGGUCCUAAUAAA